UUCGCAUUGGCUGACAGCAGGGGGACUCACUUACCUGUACCUGAGAGAAGGAGUGCCAUUCGUCAUCGUCCGACUCCAAGUCAGGAUCAACUUUUCCUUCUUCCAGCAACCCGGAGAGGUAGAAGUCGGCCAGGAAGACUGGAAACUGAACGAGCGACUGCAACAGGACUCCGAGCAUGGAGCCUAUAACGUCGUGGAGCGAGGAGAGAGUCAGCGAGUGGCUCCAAGGUCUGGACGCCCCCCUGCAUCAGUACCUGGUCUCAGAGUGGCACCUGUCAGGUCUGGAUCUGCUACAGUUGACCACUCAGGACCUGGAAAAGCUGGGAGUCCGUAAGAUUGGGCACCAGGAGCUCAUACUGGAGGCUGUGGAGAAACUCUGCUCUCUGACCUAUGGUAUAGGCGGAGAGAACCUGCGCAGUCUGACAGAGAAGCUGCGCGCCGUCGCCCACACCCUCCAGAUGGGCAUCCAGAGCCGCUGGCGCCUCAACAGCUACAACGGACGGAGCGCCACCAAGCUGCCUGUCGGAGUUCUGCAGGUUGUGGUGGAGCUCAUCACCUCUGCCAAAGGACUCUUCUCUCUGCUCAACAGGUAUCAGUUUUUCCAGCUCAGUGGAUACGCCACCGCCCAGAACAUAUUCAGCUACUGCAGAGAGCUGGGAGAAAUUGUCCACAAGGAUACCACUGUCUAUGAAAAGGAAAAGGACAUCAUUUCUGUAGGCCGUCAGUUGGUGGCUGUGUGCGAUGAGAUCCUGAACUCCAGCCCCGAAGAGCUUCUUACCCACACUGCUCAGCUCGAGAGCGUUGACCUAGUGCCUGUGUCACCUGGUGAUCAGCUGGGGAUUGAGAUAACGUCCACUGGCUCCAGUAACCACUACGUGACCGGAACUGCUGCUGAGCCUUCAAAUGACGUCUAUGUGAAGAUCUUGGCCGGUGACGAGGUUAUUCAAGUCAACGACCAGAUAGUGGUGGGCUGGAGCAGAGCAAAUCUUGUGAAGAAGCUACGGGAGAAUCCGAGUGGGGUGACUCUGGUCCUGAAAAAGAUCCCUGCAUCACUGCGACGCAAAGACCAGAUCCAGCAGAUCUCCUCCACCCAGAAAGAGGAAGAAGAGAAAGAAGAGAAGUCAGAAGAGGAGGAGGAAGAAGAGGAUAAUCCAAGGCACUCCAUAUUUGAGAGGGUAGCAGCUUCUGUCAGGUCCCUGUCUUUCAGGAAAGCCGUUCACGGGCCAGAGGUGAGUCAGCAGCCUACGGGACAGGAGGAAUCAGAGUUGCCCUCUGACAAGGAGAUAGAGGGCAGUCUGACUCUCACUUCAUAUCAAAACCAACAAGGGGGGUUGUCACCACGGUCCGCCUCAGGGGAUUGUGAGAGUUUGGAAAGUUCCAGGCUCUCCCCAGGUCUCCGCAGAGACCGGUCGCCGUCACCCAGAAGUCCUUCACCCCUGCAGUUUGGGUCAUUCAGGAGUUCUUCACCUCAGGGAGUCAACCAGGAAAGAGGCAGCGUCAGUUCCUGCCCUGAAAUGGUGGGACACACGGGCAAUAAAGACACUAAGAAGAGCUCUACAAAAGGGAUGACGACAGCUCUGAGCCGGCGUCGCGUGUCCUGCCGUGAGCUGGGUCGUCCUGACUGCGACGGCUGGCUGUGGAAGAAGAGAAAGGAGAGCAGUGUAUUCAUCGCCCAGAAGUGGCAGCGCUUCUGGUUUGUCCUCAAGGGGCCUUCACUUUACUGGUACAACAGCCAGCAGGAUGAGAAGGCAGAGGGUUUGGUCAAUGUAGCCAGCUACAGCAUAGAGAGCGCCGGAGAGCAUAAGAGAAAAUACGUGUUCAAAAUGUGCCACCAGAGGUUUCAGAACUUCUUCUUUGCUGCUGAAAAUGUCACAGAGAUGAGCAAAUGGAUUAACUGUCUGAUUACAGCCAUACAGAAACACAAGAAGUUCCAUGAAGGCCCUCAUAGUGAGGAGGAAUGUUACAGUGAGACAGAAUCAGAAAGUGAGAGAUCUCCCUCACCCCGCAGAAGAAACAAGAAAGUGCAGUCCAACACUCUGCCUCGCCCCAAGGGGAAGAUGAACAAGGUGCCAUUAUCGACUCAUUCAACAGGGGGCAGCAAAGGAGCAGAAGGCACCCCAGAGGAUGAGAUGGGAAAGAUGUUAAACAACAUAAAGGAAGGAGGGGUCUCUCUGAUCGGCCAUGAGCAGCCGUUUACACACGACCACUUUAGGAAAUCAUUCAUCCGACGCAACAAGAACCCUGUCAUUAAUGAGAAGGUGCACACACUCCGGGCCCUGCAGAGCACACUUAAGGCAAAAGAAGCAGAGUUGCAGCAGAUCAACAAGAUCUUGGAAGACUCUAAUCUGACAGCCUCAAAGUACCGUCAGUGGAAGGAGCAAAAUGAGGAACUAGUUCAAGAAAUUGAGAAACUGACCGUGCUCAAGGCCCCCAAAGGAGGGGACGAUGCUGCGGCUCAGGACACGCCUGCAGAGGAGGUUGCCUGGGAAACCGUUGCCAUGGAAACAGCCAGCACAGAGACGGAAGGUGCGUACAGACUGAGCCUGAGCGACGGGGAGCAGUUGGUUGACGCGGAGCCGUCCGACGUCCUCCUGGAGAUCCCGCAGGGCUCUCCAUCCCCAGAGACCAGUCCAGUGUUAGAACUCUCUCUGGGAUCACUGCAGGAUUCAAUAAACCAACAGCUGAGCGAGAUGGCGGAGAGUGGAGACGGCGCCGAGAACUACUUCUACAUUUAAACCCAAUUUAAGCUGGUCUUAACCACAGUCGCACCGCUGCAGAAUUGCUGUGUUUACGAAAAAUCAGACAAAUGGAAGAUGCUUGCCAUGCAACAGUGUGAGAGGGGAGCAUUUCACCAUGUCCUUUACAGACGUUCUCCUGAAAGGAAUAGUAAAGAAUUGCCACUAAAUCAUUGCUUUAAUCAAUCUGUCAGUGAAACGCAUCAGCACGUACUUGUUUGUCUUUUCCCGUAGGAAACAAAAUUUAACCCCGUACUUGCUCACAACAAAUAUGACAAGUUUACAAGAGAGAAACGAACAAUUUGCCAAGUGUCAAUCUGAGCUCAGUAUAUAUUUAUGGGAUUCUAAGGCUGUUUUUGUUCUUCUCAUGAUAAGAAAUAUCAAGUUGAACUUUUCUUAGAAUUCAAUAAGAAUUUGUAAUAUAAGUCAUGCUUUGUAAUGUGAUAUGUAAAUACAGUUUUACUAUAAAUACUGUAUGUAUGUGUUUAUUACCUUAAUAAAGGUAAAGAUUUGAAAUAUUUUGCACAGAAAAUUCACUUCAGAAACACUGUUGUUUUUAGUUGUUUUGUUUUGUUGGUCAAGGUUAUGUCCCUUUUCGAGCCUACCUGUGUACCUGUGUGUGCCUGUGUAUAUGAAUCAUAUGGUAGAGCUGUAUGACCGUUCUGGUUCAGUGGUUCCUUAUUGUCCAAGUCUGCCACGAAUGCAGCAAAACAAGUGAAGACACCUCAAGUGUUGAGAGUGUCCGAUGUGACUCUGCUCCUUUUCUCUGUAAUCUCCAUCAGCUUAAUAAAAAGGGAGGGAGACGAUCA